AUGGGUUGCAUCACCUUCAUAGUGAUAACCUCCUGUUGCUGCUCGCUGACCUCGCUUCUCCCUCAGACGACGAUCGUGCUCUUCCAUGCGCUGGCGAUGUUUCUCAGCACGAUGCUUCAAAAACAUUCAUUAUAA